AGCGCGGAGCGGCGGCUGCCGCUGAGGCGGUGCCGGGCCCGUCCCGCCUCCCGCCCGCUACCCCCGCCCGGCAGCGACGGCGCCUCCGCGGUCUGACCCCUCCUCCUCCGCCUCCCGGGGAGGUGAGUAGGGGAGCCCGGUGGAAGAGGUCUAUCACGGAGCAGAGCCCAAGAACGUCCAGCUGUGGCGGCGGCUGGAGCUUACCCCCUUGCUCGCCCCGCCCCGGGCGGGCGCCUCAGAGUGACACUUCUUCUCACCUCCCCCUUCCAUCCUUCCCCCCGCCUCUUCACGUCUGUCUAUGUCACGAUAGUCGCGCCAGCACCGAGGUUGGGGGGUUGUUUGCGUGCGGGAUGCCGGGCGCUGGGGGCCGGCAGCCGAGGUCAGCGCCCAAGGCCGCUGCCAGAAAGGGAGGACAAGGAAAAGGCGGGGGAAGGCGGCGGUGCGGUUCCUCUCCUGAGGGGAAGGGCGGGAGCGGAGGCCGCUGUUGAAACCGAGCGCCGCGGGGGCCCUCGGGAGGGGAUGGCCGGGGCCUCCCCGGUGGGAAGGCAUUUCAAUGCCCCGUGAGUACGAGCCUACCGGCUGGGACACGCUUGGUUUCGCUGCGUUGAGCCGUUCUGUUUGUAGGCCGGGUGCCUAGAAACGCGCCCUGUGUUCAAGAGCAAAGUAUCAAUAAAAGGCUCAGUAGAUCCCGGUUUUCCCUCAGUAUGGAUGAACAGCCAGGAGCCCAGCAGGGAAAGGUGAUGACGCAGAUGUGUCUUCCACAGGGACACCUGUAGUUAUUCUGGUGUGGUGAUAAUAAAAGUGAAAGCAAAAAAAUCACACUGUGUUUUAUUCUCAGUGAUACAAGACUGACUUUUUCAGAGUCAGAAGCAGAUUGAUACCUUAAAACUUCAACAGGGUGCAGUUGUAACUGGCUUUUUUUGUGCAGUGCAACUGUUUGCAAAUACAUGGUAUCUGUUCAGGUGAAAUGAAGUAGUGUUUCAGAGUUUCAUGUUUGAGUGGUUUCUUUAAUACCUCUCUGCUAUUUUUUCUCUUUGUUUCAGGGUAACCAACCAAAGAAGUUAUGAAUAUCAUCUGUGGUCUAAAGUUGCUGGGCAGGAACUGUAUUUCCUUUCAUUUGGCUGCUUUGACCAAGGAGGCGAAGUGCAAUAACUUCUAUAAGUCUUACUCAGGAUAUUUCCGAACUCAAAUCAGUUGUACCCGAGAUAGAGAACAAAGGCUGGAUUUGAGUGGAAAUAUUAGAAACUGGUUUUUGGCUGGAAGCCCUGACUCUGACAGAAACUUCAUCAGUAAGGGACUGAGGUGUCUUUUGAAUGUCCCAAAUACAGCAGUACAUGAGAAUGCACACCACAGUUCAGGAAGGUUUUGCGUCCAGGCUUCUCAUCCACUGGGGAACACAAUCACAUCCCUCCAGAUCAGUUCGGCAGGGCAACUCCCACAUCAUUUUCCAGCUUGGAACAUUCAGAUCAUCAGGUCUCUUCACACAUCACCAUCAUUUCGGGCUGCUCCAGCUCCUCUUUUCUGGAUUAUUGUUAAGCCAGCUCAGAAAUUAUUUGCUAUCCUUCUUGGCAGGAGCAUAAGAAAUUGGUGGAAGGCACUUCCUCCUAAUAAACGGGAAGUUUUUAAAGAACAUGCAAGACAAAAUAAAUGGAAGAUACUCCUGGGUGUCAGUAGCUUUGGAGUUUUAUUUGUUGUGUUUUAUUUUACUCACCUGGAGGAGACACCCAUCACUGGGCGUGCUCGACUGUUGGUGUUUGGAAAAGAGCAUUUUAGGGAACUGUCCCAGAUGGAAUAUAAGAUGAAUGGUCAGGUGUUUGUUUUCACUGGAUUGCUAAAUGCAGUUUCUGAUAUUCAUCAGCUGUCCUUCAUUCUGGGACACGAAAUAGCUCACGCUGUGCUGGAACAUGCAGCAGAGAAAGCCAGCCUGGUUCACUUGUUGGAUUUUCUAUCACUCAUCUUUCUCACUAUGAUUUGGGCCAUCUGUCCUCGAGAUAGUUUGGCAGUUGUUGGCCAGUGGCUUCAGAGCAAGUUGCAGGAGUUUAUGUUUGAUAGACCAUACAACAGAACGUUGGAGGCUGAAGCUGAUAAAGUGGGACUUCAGUUUGCAGCAAAGGCUUGUGUGGAUGUAAGAGCAAGCAGUGUAUUUUGGCAACAAAUGGAAUUAGCAGAAACCAUUCAAGGGCAGCCCAAGUUACCAGAGUGGCUCUCCACACACCCUUCUCAUGAGAACAGAGCGGAGCACUUAGACCGGCUUAUCCCAGAGGCUCUUAAAAUAAGAGAGAGCUGCAAUUGCCCAUCUCUUUCUGGACCAGAUCCUCGCCUCAUUUUCAAACUUAACAUGCAACAUCUCCUGGAAUCGUCUAAGAAUCAAGAAGCCCCAAAUUCUACAAAGCGAGAUCGCUCAAAACCCAAACUGGAUUUUCCUCACUCUCAAAAAGUGGAAGAUAGGCCAGUAACUUUUGCGGUUAAACCUGCAAACUAAUGAUAACAACUUCCAAUUUUUUGGAAACUUGUGGUCCCUCGUGGUCUCUCGUCUAACGCAAUUUUAUCUUUGAACCAUAAAGAAGAUGUAGCCACUCAUAUUCGAUGUUUCUUCAAUGUGAUCUCUCACUCAAAGCAAUAAGGAACCAUGCCCACACAAGAAGAGCGGCGUGUUGGAGCAGAAAGUUUCUUAUUCAUCAAGAGUUACUAAAAAUAAAUCACUUCUCAGGGGAAAGAUAAUCUCAUACAAUCCAGUCACACAGUGUAAUUUUCAGCUUUAUCAGGCUCACCUUGAUCAGAGGACAGAUGAGCCAGAAGCGUCCCUAAAGCAGAGGAAAACGUACCGUUUUCAUCACUUAAGUUGUCUGGUUUAUCUUGCUGUAAUUUGGGUUACAUCUCUUCAGCUUCAUUUGAGAAAUAAUGAGGAGAGCUUACUGCCUGUUCCACAUCUGCUAUCUUUAAAAAUAUUAAGCUGAGAUGUGGUAAUAGCCUAUGGGUGAGAUACACCCCUGCUUAAUUAGGUGGAUUUACUGCUGGGAUUUUUCUUCUUUCUAAGGCAUUUUAGAAUAUGGAUUGAUUCAACAUUUUUCUUCAAAGCAACCUGAAAGGGUUGAACAAAGUUCAAUUUCAAACAAGGAGUUAAAUGAUUUUCAAGGAAGUCUUUCUUCUGAAACGCCAUGUAAGAACCAUAGUUCGUAGCACUGAAUCAUAGAAUGGUUUGGGUUGGAAAGGACCUUAUGAUCAUCUAGUUCCAACCCCCUGCUAUGGGCAGGGAUGCCUCACCCUAGAUCAUGUCACCCAAGGCUCUGCCCAACCUGGCCUUGAACACUGCCAGGGAUGGAGCAUUCACCAUUUCUUUGGGCAACCUGUGCCAGUACCUCCCCACCCUCCCAGUAAAGAACUUCUUCCUUAUAUCCAACCUGAGCUUCCCCAGUUUUAGUUUGUACCUUUUACCCCUUGUCCUAUCGCUGCAGUCCCUAAAUGCUUUGCAAGGAUGGCUGUUGCCAUUUUAAAAUGAUCAGGGUCCCUCAUCAGAGUGCACUUUCACUGGCAUGACAUUUGAUCUGCAUGUAUCUAUUUGGAUAGAAGUGAUUGCUGAUGUGGAAAUACAUUACAGAGUAGAAGAUACAGCAGGGUUUCUUGACUGCACAGCUUUUGCAGCUGUACCUUAUCCUAAAAGAUGACUUCUCUUCAGGAAGCUGGCAUCCAGUGCUGAGCAUCCCUCCUGUCCCCAGCCCCCUGAAGCCACACAUUUUAUACUGGGGAGACAAAUAUACACAAUAUAGGUAAAGCUCUGCCUUUUGUGACGGGCUAGCCAGUACAGCCAGCAUGGUAAUCUUCAUUUGCACAUGUUUGAGUUAUCCUUGCUUUGCAGUUCAAAGUAUUGAAGUGAUGAUCUUACAGGAAGAUGUAGAAAAAGGUGGCAAUGAAUGGCAAUAAAGAUGGAAAUCCCAUUCCUUUUUCUGUCAAGAGGUAUUUGCUAUUAGGGGGUUUGUUACUCAUAUUAAAACAAAAAUCUCUUUCAUCUGUGGUAGGAUUUUACAUGAAGGGGACAUUUUACAAUGUGUUGUAUUUUGAAAUACUUUUUUUUAUGUAUAUAGGGGGGCAGACUUUAUCUUAUUUCUUCAAUUAAAUCAGAAUGCAAGCUUUUAGAAAGGAGAAAAACAACCUAUUCGGUGCUGCCAGUGAAUACAGUUGGGAAAAAAAGAUUGUGAAACAAGUAAUUCUUUUCCUGACUUCAGUCGAUGAACCAGGGUCCUUUGAGAAACACCAGUAACUCCCUAUGCAGAGGUAAGUUGAUGUAUGUGUAAUGCUGAUGAUUUUAGGUCUGAUUACGUAGCUCUAGAUUGGCUGCAUAUUGCUUACAAGCUGGUUUUAAAUCUCUGCUCACUACUCCUGGCAAGAGGCAGAAGCUCCAGCCUGACCAUUAUUCAUCCAUCCAUUUUGAUUUCUAGUGACAGGAGGGUUUGUAAGAGCCGUUCAGUGAUGUGUUGAAGCAUUUGGACGUUGUCACCUAAAGGUAAACAGAAAAAUACACCAGUUAGAUUUCCCUGUGGAUCUUAUAGUUUAUACAGCAACAUGAAGACCCCAACGCUGCUGCCUCUCUCUCCUUCCAGUGUCAAAGCUUGUUUUGUUAUCCUGGGCUCCUUGUCGACUUGCAACAUGAUGCUUGUGUCUGUUAGGACUAAGGAGAACAUAUAGAGUUUCUGUAGUGGUGAAGAUGAAGGAUGAAACUAUCAAAUGUCCUAUUUCUGCUGUGUUUUAAGUGACUGAAGUAUUGCAGUGGAAUGCUGGAGGUGCAAUUUUUUAAGUUCACCAAGGGAGAUGUUCUUAAUUUGUGUGUAAAUGGUCUUGUAACCAUGAUCGUGGUGAUGUGAGAGAAAAGGUUUCAAGGGAGAAUUAGCUUAUAUUAGACCAACAAAGGGUUUAGGUACUUCUUCCAGCUAUAACAAAACACCUCUCUUUCCUUACAAACCCUACAUACACGUAUACACAUAUGUAUAUACAGUACACACCCAAACACAAGAGUUAGGCCUUACACUAAACCACUGUAGUUUUAAAGUGCAAAAUGGGAUGCUGAAAAUUGCAGGUUUUACUUUCCAUCUUGAAUUAUCCUUAAUAGUUUUCUCAGGUGCUUUAGGAGAGGUUUCUUCUUUGUGCUUCUCAUGUCCAAUGCAGAAAGUGCCUUGUGCUCGUCUGCCUCUCGAGGGCACUUUUCCCUUAAAUUCUUAGCGAAUACUUAAUCAUUACAUCUGUCUAUAUCUGAUUUCUUUCUGGAACAGAAAAACGUUGCUGUCCAAAGAUUUGGGAAGUCAUAGAAAAAAUGACACUGAAAAUUAAAGGUUAUAAUAAUAAUUUAAGCUGAGUGUGUAUAAUAGUAUAUUUAAUAUGUUAAUAUAUAUAGAAACCAUAAUAUGUUAAUAGCUUGCUAACCAUAAUAAUUAUCCUUUCCAAAUAGAUCCCUUAGGAAAAUACUGUAGUUGCAGACUCCUGAUGAUCUGUAGAAGCUUUUCAUUGCAGUUGUGUACCUUAGUACGUCACAGGAAAAACAGAUUUAGACUGAGUACUUGAAAGACACGUGUUGUGCAAGGGGGAGAAUAGUGGCUCAAGUGAAAAAAGGCAGGAUAGAUCAGUAACAACACAUCUGCAUUUCCACCACCAAUACUGCUUCCUGCUGAAAGACUAAAUAUACCCACAAAUCUCACCAAAACUCUUAGUGCAUUUACAGUAGUGGGAGUGUUGGGAGAUUUGUUGAGCGCAGGAUGUGCAUUUGAGGCAGUCCUAUAAUAAAAAUGGCUCUUUAUAACUUUGGAUUUGUCAUCUUUAGUGGUUUUUUUUAACUUGCAAUACCUAAGUGCCAGGAAAACCAAGCAAACAGCUGUUAGAAUGCCCUUUGUUCUUGAAUUCUGUCUGUAGUCGUUAAAGCAGAGCAAUCCUGCAAGCUUGAUGCUUUUUUUCAUACAUUAUGUAGGCUGCCACAGCUUUGUUUUUGUGGGGUUUGUGUCUCAAUAUCCUUGGUUGAAAAACUAUUUCCAAUAGAACAGUCUGUUGUAAGCUGUUUUACUGACAACACAGUUCUCUCUGCUGAAAAUCCUUGGUUUCCCAGCUCUUGGGAGCUUCCGAAGGGGGAGCAGGAGGAUCACAAAGUGUGGUUGGUAGCAAAAGUAGCAGGAUAAGACUUUCCUGUCAGCAGUGCA